AUAUCACAACACCAAAAUAUCACUUCUACUCUCCUUACUGUUUUCAGCUAACAUCCCCAGAAGAAGAUGAAUAGGCCAGGAGACUGGAACUGCCUAUCGUGUAGCCACCUCAACUUCCAAAGAAGGGAUUCCUGCCAACGAUGCAGAGAGCCCAGACCGGGAAGCAUUACCGACUUAGUCAGCGGCUUUGCAAGCCGCCCGAUCAGCAACGCUUUUGCUUUCAACACCGGGCCUGAUGUGAGACCCGGUGAUUGGUACUGCAACCUUGGAAAUUGCGGGACUCACAAUUUUGCAAGCAGGUCCAGCUGUUUCAAGUGUGGUGCCGCAAAAGAUGAGUCUUCACGCUCGGCUGCCGCUCUAGCCACCGGGUUUAUGGACUUGAGUGAUGGUCCAAGACGUGGCCUUUUUGGAUUUGGUAGCAGUAGUGGUGGUGGCGGAGGCAUGGGCCGCUCUUCUUGGAAAUCUGGAGAUUGGAUUUGCCCCAGGUCAGGCUGCAAUGAACAUAACUUCGCAAGCAGGUCAGAGUGUUUCAGGUGCAACGCCCCAAAGGAACCUGCCACCAAUCCACCCUACUAGACCUAACUUUCUUCAUCAUCUUGAUCAACCUGCACUAGAAGAGAUAAAACUACUGAAGAAUGGAAGCAAGAUAACGACCCUGUUUGUCGUUAUUUGUGUUUUUCUUUCUCGAUUUGACUCGUUUCGUAUUUCGUAGGACCUUUGUCUGGUUAUGUUUAGACUAUAAGCUAAUAAGAAAAAUCGGAAGUUCUUUGUUCUGACUUCUGA